UGGCAGUGAAUAUUCGAACCCAGCCGCGGUGAAUGAAGCAGGCACGUGUGACCAAACACAACCUAUAAUCGAUAAUCUAUUAUUGUGAAUAUAAUGUUGAGGCACAAGAAAUUUUGAGUGCAUAUUAUAAUAAUUAUAAUAAUCUCGAUAAGAAUACUCUCUCUGCAACAAUUAACAUUGACUACAUAAAAGGCUUAGGUAGAACGUAAUCAUAAACGACGGAGAUGUUGCGGCGACAAGCGCGAUUACGUAGAGAAUACCUCUACAGGAAGUCUGUGCAGGAGAAGUUGAAGGGAAUCCAGGAGAAAAAAGACAAGCUGAAACGUUGUCUGGACGAGAACAUACCCAUUCAUCCAGAUCUGCGUAAAAAUGCCUUGUAUGUGCAGAGGAAGAUAGAAUGGGAAGAUGCGGGGCCGGAAAUGGCAGCAGCCACGGGAACAGAGAUGGGUGGUGCUGUAGCUAACCACGAGGACGACGAGUAUCGCUGGGCUGGUGUGGAGGACCCCAAGAUCGUCAUCACAACGUCGCGCGACCCCAGCUCCAGGUUGAAGAUGUUUCUCAAAGAAUUACGUCUAAUUUUUCCCAAUUCACAACGAAUGAACCGUGGUGGUUAUGAUAUGAAGGAGCUAAUCGAAGCUUGCAGAGCGAACGACGUCACCGACUUCAUUGUUGUACAUGAGCACCGUGGUAUGCCUGACAGCCUGGUGAUAUGCCACUUACCAUAUGGACCUACAGCCUAUUUCACAUUGUCCGAUGUCAUAAUGAGGCAUGAUAUACCUAAUAUUGGCACAAUGUCGGAACAAUACCCACACUUAAUCUUUCACAACUUUAAGACUACACUAGGGCAGCGAACGAUGAAUAUCCUGAAGUACCUGUUUCCUGUACCAAAGGAAGACAGCAAGAGAGUAAUCACCUUUGCCAAUCAUGAUGACUACAUAUGUUUCAGACAUCACAUAUAUAAGAAAACACAAAGCAAAGAUGUUGAGUUGUCAGAAGUAGGGCCACGUUUUCAAAUGAAGCUGUAUGAAAUUAAACUGGGUACUUUAGACAUUGCAGCAACUGCUGAUACAGAAUGGGCCUUGAGGCCGUACAUGAAUACUAGCCACAAACGAAGAUAUUUAUCUGAUGAUAAUGGUUGGCAACAAGAUAUAUAAUUUUGCUGUAAUGUGUUAGCUGACAGAAUAUUUAUAAAUAAAUUUUUAUAUUAUCAUAUAUAAAUAUUUGUGCAUAGCAUAAGUACAUACCAAUAUA